UGACGUCAAAUUUGUCAAUGGAAACAACACUGAAAGAUGAAGAAAAAGAAGAGGAGAAACAAAAAAGACGUACAGAUAAAAAGACAGAAAAAGAAGAGGAGAAUUAAAAAGACCGUAAAGAUAAAAAGACAGAAAAAAAAACGUAGAAAAAUAAAUGUGAAAGAUAUACAAAAGAAAUAUAAAAGAAAAGAAGUCGUCUGUUUUACAUGGAAAGAAAAGGCGGGAUACCAUGCACUGUCCACUGCGAAAGUUCGUUCCAGACUUCAACACUUAAUGGGAACAGAUGUCAUCAGAAUAAAUGACAAACACUAUAUAGAUAAAAUGUCACAAAAGCUCGAAAUAGAACAAGAGGUAGAAGUAUGCAAAAAAGAGCAAGCUUUAGAGGAUGCAGAGGAUGAACGAUUACGUAGUCUCCAGUUGAGUGGUGUACUCCCUAAACCCAAACAGGCAUCGCUUCAAGUGAAGCCAAAACGAGAGCAUAUGAAACUAUCGCAACAAAAGAAAAGUAAAAAUAAACUAGUUGAAGAAAAAAACGAAGAAAAUGCAAUUUUGAUAGAGGAAGAAACCGCUGAUCAAAGAGAUAUGACAACUCAAGUUGAAGUAAUAGAACAACCAAACAAAGACGAUAGAAUAAAAUCAAAAGUUACCAAAAAGGGGCAGUGUUUAACCAAAGAUCACAAAGGCGACUUGAAAAAUACAGAUCAAUCCAGUCACACUAGUGAAACUAUCAGUAGUAAAGAAACAGAGAUAAAGAAAGAAGUGAAAUACAACAAUGGUACAUAUACGAAGCAAGAAAAUAAAAAAAGAACUCCAGAGAGAACAUCUACUGGAAAAUUUGCUCAAAAAGAGACCCCUUUUGUCAAGGAGUUGCGUGAAACAGAGACUGUAGGCGAACUCUAUGAUAUGGCAGAGAAACUUAUGUCUCCACGAAUUGAGAGGUAACUUAUAGAUGCUUCACCCAUUCAACAGCUUGUAGAUCAAGAUGGAAUGUUGAAAAUGGAAAAAAUAUGUUAUUAAAAUCCAGUCCUGUAUGAAAAAAUUAAUACUGUUUGCUUAUACGUUUACUUAUUGUAUUGAGAUAAAUAGUUUGUUAGUAUAUACACCAUGUAUUAAGAUAUAAACCAUUUUAUAAUCAAUUGCAUGUAUUUGCAGUCUUUGAUUGAUUGUAGCCUCAGGAAUAAUGAUAAAACCGUUGGGUUUUUUUUUUAAAUAUAGAAACAAAAAUAUAUUACAUGAAAGUUUUUUAUUUGGAAAGCAUAUAUUUUAAUACAUUGGUAGUAUAAUACAUGCAUUUGCUUAGAAAAAAAUCUGUUUUUUUUUAUUUUAGAAUUUACCAGAGAGUUGUAUAUUUGUUGUACAAUCGAAUUUCUCAUUUAUAUUAAUUUUACAACAUGCGAUUCGGCAGUUGGAAAGCUGACCCCGUUUUAUUCUAUUACUAAAAGCAACGACGGGGUAUCAUGAACGGCAUUUCUAUACUUUUUUGGUACUUUGUUGAACCAAAGUCAUAUCUGUUUCUUUCCCAUAUCUAUAUUUGAAUAAAUAGAUAUGUAUGGUUUACAACGAUAAGCAGGAACCUAAUGACAUAAAGCCAAAAUACAUCUAGCGGUCUUUAACAAAAGGCAUACACGUAUUACAAGAUCUUUUAAAAUUCGUCCUGGUUCAAAAAAGAUAAUAAAUUCUAUCUCAUACUCAAAGAUAUACGACUUUCGACUUCGUGUCGGGUAAUAUACUUCCUUUAAUCUGAUAAAAUCCAUAAUAAUCUGAACUAACGGGAGUAUGUUUACAAUAAUCUACUAGCCCUAUAAAUGUCUUGUUACUAGAUAAGCAAAUAAAUCUGCAAGUUUUUCUUUGUUAUGAAAAGUUAUACUAAGCAGUUUAAAAAAAAAUUAAAUUUCUUGUUUUUUGUUGUUUGAUUUUUUUUUUUUUUUUUUAUCUAAAUACUGCAUGUCCAUAUCUGUGUAGCAAACAAAAAAAGUAUGAAAGGUUCUUAUCUAAAUGUGUAUCAACUUGUCUGAUCUGCAAUAUUAUUCCUUGUGAAAUAUUUUAAAAAGCAGAUUGUACAAAAAUAUUAUAUUUGCUCUUGUUUUGUUUCAGUAUUAAACGGUAUGCGUUUUGCUCA